GAGGAAGUCAGCUGCUGCUCAAGAUAAAGGCUGGGGCAGAGAGUGACAGAGGGUCUCAAGUCAAGCAAAGAGAAACCAUGAGGCUUCUCCUGCCUGUGGCUCUGCUGGCUACCACCCUCGCGAUUACUCCUGUCCGAUUUGACAGGGAGAAGGUGGUCCGUGUGAAGCCCCAGGAUGAAAACCAAGUGAGUAUCCUGAAGGAUUUGGCCAAAACCAGCGAGCUUGAUUUCUGGUAUCCAGAUGCCACCGACCACGUAGCUGCUAACAUGACAGUGGAUUUCCGAGUUCAUGGGAAGGAAUUCCAAUCCAUCCAGUCUGUCCUGGAUCAAAACAAAAUGCACUAUGAAAUCCUGAUUCAUGAUCUACAAGAAGAGAUCGAAAAACAGUUUGAUGUUGAAGAGGCGAUCCCAGGCAGGCACAGUUAUGCGAAGUAUAAUAACUGGGACAAGAUUGUAGCCUGGACUGAAAAAAUGGUGGAUAAGCACCCUGAAAUGGUCUCUCGUAUUAAAAUUGGAUCUACUUUUGAGGAUAAUCCCCUGUAUGUUCUCAAGGUUGGGAAGGAAGAUGGAAGAAGAAAGGCUAUUUUUAUGGACUGCGGUAUUCAUGCCCAAGAAUGGAUCUCCCCAGCCUUCUGCCAGUGGUUUGUCUAUCAGGCAACAAAAAGUUAUGGAAAAAACAAAAUUAUGACCAAACUCUUGGACCGAAUGAAUUUUUAUGUUCUUCCUGUGUUCAACGUGGAUGGAUAUAUUUGGUCAUGGACGCAGAACCGCAUGUGGAAAAAAAAUCGUUCCAAGAACCACAACUCCAAGUGCAUUGGCACUGACCUCAACAGGAAUUUUAAUGUGUCGUGGAACUCCUCUCCUAACACCGAUGACCCAUGUCAGGACACCUAUCGGGGCCCAGCUCCAGAGUCCGAGAAAGAGACAAAAGCUGUCGCUGACUUCAUUCGAAGUCACCUGAAAUCAAUCCGGGCCUACAUCUCCUUCCAUUCCUACUCUCAGAUGCUACUGUUUCCCUAUGGCUAUACGUUAAAGCUGCCGCCCAACCACGAGGACCUGGCCAAAGUUGCACGGAUUGGCACUGAUGUCCUAUCAACUCGAUAUGAAACCCAAUACAUUUAUGGCCCAAUAGCAUCGACAGUUUACCCGACGUCAGGUUCCUCUUUAGACUGGGCUUAUGAUCUGGGCAUCAAACACACAUUUGCCUUUGAGCUACGUGAUAAAGGCAGAUUUGGUUUUCUCCUUCCAGAAUCUCGGAUAAAGUCAACCUGUAAAGAGACUAUGCUGGCUGUCAAAUUUAUUGCCAAGUACAUCCUCAAGCAUACUUCCUGAACAACGGCCCUCAAUUAGAAUACGCCAAUUAAUCCGAGCAUGCCUUUUGUAAGAAAGUCCAUCUUCAGCUGUGCCUAGAUGCAGAUUCAGGUCACCUAAGUCAGUCUUGGUGGACCCAAAUCCUGCAUUAUUUCUUUUUGCUUUUAUUGAGUCCUAGUAGCACCUUAACAAACUAGCUUUAACUGAAAUUUUUAAGCAUCUUUCUUUGUUCUAAGGAAAGUCUGAACCAGAAGAGGGUAUGAUUUUGAGUAUUUUUAGAAAAUGAUAUACAGUAAAACUCAGCAAAGAAAGUAAACCUUCAGUUUCUCCAGAAUCUGAUUGUUACCAUGUGGCUUCGUCAUUUCACAUGCUAAUAUGAUAAAAAAUAAAAUGAAAUGAAAUGCA